AUGCCACCGCGUCGCUGCACAGUUUACGCCGAUAGCGAUUACGACGACGAUGACGACGAUAACCUCACCGCGACGAUCACGAGGUGUCUCUCUUGCGACGAGAAUUACGACCCCGACGAAGCCGGCACCUGCAAAGAAUGCUACGAAGAAGCCAACGAAACCGAGGAAGAACUCAAACGUCAGAUCCAAGACCUCAAAUCCAAAGUCUCCUUCCUCACUCUCUCUUCUCCACUCGAUUCUCCUUCUACUACCGAUCUCGUUCUCCUUCCGUCCGCCGAUGCUUUCUCUCCUUCCAUUCCUGCUCACAAGGCCGUUCUCGUUAGUCGCUCUCCAGUCUUCAGAGCCAUGCUUGAGCACGAUAUGGAUGAAAGCCGGAGUGGCACCAUCAAGAUUGCUGACGUAUCAUACGACGCCCUUCGUGCUUUUGUUAACUACUUAUACACUGCCGAAGCAUUCCUUGACAACCAAAUGGCCUGUAACCUUUUAGUUUUAGCAGAAAAGUAUCAGGUGAAGCAUCUUAAGGCAUAUUGCGAGAAGUAUUUGAUCUCCAAACUGAAUUGGGAGAAAGCUGUUGUGAACUUUGCAUUUGCACAUCAACACAAUGCCAACCAAUUGCAAGAUGCAGCCUUGGCAGUGAUCAUGGAGAACAUGGACAACCUCACUAAAAAUGAAGAUUAUAUAGAGUUAGUGGACAGUAAUCCUCGUCUUGUCGUGGAAAUAUACGAAGCAUAUCUUGGCAAACAGGUUAAUACUGCAGCCUCGCACGGGCUAUAG